AUGAAUCGAAAGAUUGCCUUAACACCAGCUGCAUAUGCAGCUAUUCUAGCUUCAAUACCAGGUGUAUUGUCCAUAACCCCUGCUGCGCGAUGGGGUCAUCAAGCCGUUUAUGUCAAAUCAAAACAAGCGAUGUAUAUAGUGGGAGGAGAAGUUCCUACUUCAGGUAGUCAGAUCACAAAUGAGGUUUUGGUCCUUCCUCUCAAUACAACGAACCCAUCUUUUUCCACUGAAUCUUCGGAAGGUCUCCCACCACACGCCUUCGCUUCUAUGAUUGCCACACCUGAUGGCUCUUCAUUAGUAGUAGCAGGAGGUAUAACCUCUUCUUGUGACUCGGACGGAACAACCCAUACUUUCGACCUAGAUGGUGAUGAUGGAUGGGUAUCUACCAAUCCCAACAAUUUUCUCAGAAGAAGAGGAGCGAGUGCGGCUUAUGUCGAGGAUUCAAGUGGUAAACAGGACAUGAUGGUGGUUGGAGGUAUUGCCGACUCUUACGUCUGUGCUUCCUCGACUCAUUCCUAUCCAGCUGCGGAUGUUCUUUCCUUACCACUUUCCUCCUCUUCUCUUAUUUCCUCUCGGAGCCUUCCGAGCUCUCUUACCGGCUCAUCUCAGGCCGUGUCAGAUUUCUCCCUCACUACCGACUUAAAUGGGAAGAUAUAUUUGACUGGAGGUCAAACAUCUUCUGGAGAUUUUGUUGACAUGACCACUGUUGGCGUAUGGGAUUCUACAAAUGGAUGGACAUCUCAAACGACUAUCGGUGACGUUCCUUCAGGUAGAGUUGGAGCCAGUUUGGUUGCGCAUCCUGCUUUAGACAUUCUAAUCCUUCACGGUGGAUCCACCGACUCUAAUGGUACACCUUCCAACCUUUUAGCUUUCCUCAAUACGACAAGCUGGUCUUGGUCUACCCCUUCCAAUCUCCAACCACCUUCUUCAUCAGCCGCCUCAUACCACACAUCCGUCAUGACUGACCAAGGAGUGAUGAUUACUGCGUUCGGACUUGCUUCAACCGGCAGCCCUCGAUCGGAUGUUUACUAUCUUGAUAUGAGAGACCCAAGUGGCUCUUCAUGGUCAUGGAAAAAUCAAUGGAAUAACAAUAUGCUUACUGCUUAUUCAGCCUCAACAUCAACUACCGAUAAUACAGGAACUGUUGCUACUGGUAUCUCUACUGCACAAAACAACACGUCAGAAACGGGAACGUCGGGAAAGAAAAUCGCUUCGAUCGCUGUACCUAUUCUUGUUAUCGCUCUUAUACUAUCUCCUCUGAUCGUGUAUCUCGCAAGAAGGAGGAUGAGAUUGAUCAAGAAGAGAAGAAUGGCCAGACAUUUCUCUUUCUCAUCUCAAGAAGAUGAAGGAGCGUUCGGAGGUGGAUUAUUCUCCCAAUACCUCUCGCAGAGAAGAACCAAAACUCAGUUCCCCUUUGGAAGAGAUGCGAAUGAGAGGGAGGGUAAUUUCAUCACUGAUUUGUCUACUGGCUUGACAAGAAUGGUGACUCGACUUUCUAGUAGAUCAAAUUCAGAUGAAGGCCAUGAUCAAGAUGAUAUACCUUACGUCCCACCAAGGGAGAUGAUAGCCGUCACAAGUGGAGUGACACGAGGAACCGGAAGUCCGAAAGCGAAAGAAAAUAGACAGAUGAAUUGGGAAGAGAUUGAUUUUGGCCUCGGUAAACUCGACGAGUCAAAACACAAUCAACCUUCCUCUAGUGGCUCAAACUUCCACCCUUCAUCAAUCGACAACUCUUCUCCUUUCGGCGAUCACGCUGCUGUUUCUGCUUCCGCUCCAAUGGUUGACUUCCCUGUACCCCAAGCUCAAGGUUAUACACCUGAAAUGCUUUAUGGUGACGAUUCCGUCGCCCCGCCUCCUUUUGGUCGACUAGGUGCCAGCCCCGAAGAAACCUUGAUCCCUUAUUUGAUGGUUCAACCGGCUACGGCACCACCUACACCAUCGGUCAACAAUCUGUCAACUGCUUAUCCCGCUAUGAUCCCUAAUUCUUCCUCUGCAAUCGGUGGAUCAGCGCCUCAAGGCGGUAAUGAUCAAAGCUGGGAAUCUCUAGCCAAAGAACUGGAGACGAAACCUGCUUUUAGAUCCAUCUCCCCAACUGCUCAAUUAAGAUCACAUGCUCACCCUUCAGCGUCCUCAAAUGUCAAUUACUCUUCUACUGGUAUGAUGCCUCGCUCCGAAUCACCAAGACCUAUCUCACCUGUACCUUCAAUCCCUCCAUUAGAAUUUCAACGAAGACCUUCAACAGCUUCUAAUGCUUCAGAAACCAUCAAACUUGUGAAAACUCCCUCCAUCAGAAGACCCGAGUUCCUUCCUUUCCAAACCCAAAAUCAAUACCAGAAUCAAGGCAACAGAUCAGUAUCUCAACCUAUCAGCAGACAGAUUGCAGGAGGUGGAUUAGGUAGACGAGGGUCAGCAGCUUCUGAUUCACCUUUAUCAAGUGGUCAAACUACGCCUACUCAGAAGAAUAUCUCUCUUUCUUACACACCAGGAAUGAGAAGAGCAAGUGGAAGUUUGAUCCCAGGCAACGUAGCUGGAAACGGAAGUCCUGUAAACACCGAGAGAAGAGCAAGUAUGUUGAGGGUAGUAAACGUAACAGAAAAUGAAGAGGAUUCUACCGAAAGUGGUCAAGCUAUAUAA